GUAACUGGAAUUCCACGCAAUUCAUCAGUUUCCAACUCGAUUGAGCAUCAAGAGUCGGCCAUCUCCUAGUGGCUCAACAGUACUUCUCUUUUGUAUAAAUGCCACAACAAACAAAAAGAAGAAUAUCAAGAGAAUACAAAGGUCAAAAGAAUUAUUCCAAUAUAUAUACCAUCACUCAACAAGCCGCGUUUUCACCCUCGAAAGUUUCGUUAACCAGCUGUGUUUCACUGUUUACACCCAACACUUUCUAUGUGACCAUUCUUAAGACACCCUCCUCCAUUGCUUUAUCUCAAUUAUCUCACACUUCUUUGUUUAGUGUUCUUUCCUCAAUAAUGAAGGAAGUGAGUGCUGAAGGUGGAGGUGGUCUAGGGCAAGCAUCAUCAUCAGUUCCUGCCCCCCAAAAUGGGAACAGCAUGCAACCCAGUUCCAUGAAAAUUUCCAAAAGUGGAGAGGUGUAUAGUUAUGAUUAUGAAGAAACAGGAGAUGAGCCUUCAAGAUUUGAGGUUUGGGGUUGGUAUCUCUAUGAGUUCUGCUCCUACUUUGUUCAAACUGUUCUCAUCCCUGUGGUGCUUCCUCUCAUGAUUAGUCAGUUACAGAACCUCCCAAUGGACCCUGUUCGGGUCUGGUUCAAGAGCCACCAAGGCAGGGCCUGUGCAGCAAAGGAGAUUGACCUGUACAGCACACUGACAAACCGCACCAUAACAAUCAGUGGUUCAACCUUCUCCUCUUUGGAGUGGACAUCAAUUGCAUGGGGUGGAGGUCUAACCCUAGCUGCUCCAAUUCUCGCCUUCAUUUCCUUCCACAUCAAUGGCCACUUCCAAACACUCAUCACAGCAAUAGCCACAGGCGUUGGAGUCUUCUUCUGCCUCCCAGUGGGCCUCUUCAAAACCACCAAGAUCUUCAUUCCCUACAUUGCAGCCAUUGUUGCUGCCAUCACAGUGGCAAGUGCAACCCACACACACCACUUAGGCCUCAUGGCCCGUGCCUGUUUAGGACCAGGACAAACCCUAAAGAAACUAACCCUAUUUUCCACAAAGCAAGGAGUCUCUAGUUGGCUCUCUCUUUAUGCCACUGUUGCUGGUUGCUUGGGUGCAGCCAUUGUCUCAUCAUUCACUUACCACAUGCUUAGGGACCCCAAAGACAGUGAACAUCAGUUCAUAAGCCUGUGGAUUGUCUCAAUAUUUUGUGGCUUAGUGUGGCUAGUGGGAGCUUUACAUGCCUUCACAGCUGAAAACAGAACCAGUUCUUCUGUUCCCAACGUUUUGUCCUCAAGGUUCAACCUUUUCUCUGUUUUCAAAUACCCAUAUGCAAUUGGAGGCUUGGUGGCUAUUCUCCUCUCCUCAUUUGCCACAAUGAGCAUUUUCACUGGUGGGGUGCUUUACAUAGUGGGCCAACUCUGCAUUAAGCCAGUGCACUUGCUUUAUUUCUGGCUAACCUAUUUCCUCUUCCCACUGGCUUCUCUACCACUUCUCCAACCACUGCAGCACCUAAUCAAGGCCAAUGCUGUGAAAAUGAAGAUACUAGGGUUCUUCUUGUCACUUAUAAGUUCAGGGUUUGGGUUCUACUUCUGGAACAAUCAUUGGAAGUGGGGGCACUUGCUGGUGUUUGGGGCCAUUCAGGGCACAGCAAGUGGGUUGGUGCACACUUUUGGAAGGGUGUUGGUGUUGGAUAGUGCUCCAUCCGGUGAAGAGGGUGCUUUUUCUGUUUGGUAUAGUUGGCUGAGAGGUGUUGGCUUGUGUGGAGGGUUCACAGUGGGUUCAGUGGUGCCAGGGAAAGUGAAGACUUCUUUUGGAGCUGCGUUUUGCAGUGCCAUUGUUGGAAUUGUUGUUCUGCUUUUUGGAAAGGAGAAUGACUUUGGUGGCGCUGUCAGAGAGGGUCAUGAAACACGUUCCCGUGACCACCCUGGUGCCUUAAAUUCCAAGGAAUCUUUCAGCGUCUGAAAGUCUGAGAAAUAAUAAGCCAAUUAACAUGGCGUAUUUUGUAUGCAUGAUUUUAGGCCUCCCUUGCAAAUCCAUGCAAGGGUGGUGUAAUAGGAUUCAUUUCGUGAUUGGUUUUGGGUGUAUUAUUUGGGUUAACCCCGUGUGGAAAAAAUGCAUCCUUGCAUAAAAAGUCUUCAAAAAAUUCUUGACUAUUCAAAUCGUUCA